AAGAAGCACAAAUCGCACACCUAUACGACUACUUGCACCCCUCACUCACUCAUGAGCUGGAAGGGCCUCACCAAGAGCGUCGUGCGGACGCCGCAAACCUUCAAACAGCGCUUCAACAUCGGCGAGAUCACCAAAGAUCCCAUCUAUAUCGAUGCUGAACGACGCUUCGAUGAGCUGGAAAAGGAGACCAAGAAACUUCACGAUGAGUCAAAAAAGUAUUUCCAGGCCAUAAACAGCAUGCUCACUCAUCAGAUUGAGUUUUCAAAAGCCAUCGCCGAUAUCUACAAGCCCAUCUCUGGACGAAUGUCCGACCCCGACUCUUUCGUCGACGAAGGCAACGAAGCCGGUAUACACGCGUGUGAAGAGUACGAAGGAAUUGUCAAGGAUCUGCAAGAGACUCUGAAACCCGAACUUGAAAUGAUUGAAACUCGUGUCAUUAAGCCGGCCGACGAGCUGCUCGAGAUCAUCAAAGCGGUGCGCAAAGCCGCCCUGAAGCGCGACCACAAACAACUCGACUACGACAGACAUCGCAUGGCCUACAAGAAGCUCGAGGAGAAGAAGGAGAAGACGCUAAAGGAUGAAAAAGCCAUGUACAAGGCCGAAGCCGACGUGGAGCAGGCCACACAGGAUUAUAAUUACUUCAACGAUCUGCUCAAAGACGAGUUACCGAAACUCUUCCGGCUGGAGCGUGAAUUCAUCCGGCCCCUUUUCCAGUCCUUUUAUUACAUGCAGCUCAAUGUCUUUUACACGUUGCACGAUCGCAUGCAAAACAUCGACAUUGGCUAUUUCGAACUCACGUUUGACAUCGAAGCCGCCUACGAAAAAAAGCGAGGAGACAUUCAGUCGGAUGUAGAAGCCCUCUCGAUCACCAAAUUCAAGACCACAGGUUGUAGGACUCCAGGCCAGUCAAAAUAUGGCGGCAAAGCCUUGGAAGCAAAAGCAUCAUCUGCGGCAGCGCGGCGAUCCAGUACCAGCACGGACGCACCGCCUCCACCAUACAGCCCAGGCCCAGCAGCGCUUAAGUCGCCAACUGGGGCAUCCGCAACUUCGUGGGGCUCUGCCGCAAAAGCGAAGGGCGCUGCACCACCUCCUCCGAAGCCAAAGCCGUCAAGGUUAAGCGGAGUGCCCGCUGUCGAGCAUGUCACGGCGCUUUACGACUACGAAGCCCAGGCGGAAGGCGAUCUUUCAUUCAUAGCUGGUGAUGUAAUAGAAAUCAUCACUCGAACACAGAACGAAAACGAAUGGUGGUCAGGGAAAGUACGGGGAAAGCAAGGGCAGUUUCCAGGUAAGCACUCACCCACGAAGCCGUGAAUAGUAGAUAUGCUAACAGAGCCCUUGCAGGUAAUUACGUGAAACUGAAUACAUAGAGGGGACGACGAACGACCGGGCAUUAGACACAUAUAUUCUUUGUUCAAGGGUGCAUACAGUACUAAUCGUCAUUUGCAUCUUCAUUAGCGGGAGAGGUUUUCGUUACUGUUCCAACAUGUCUGGGUUUCCAAUCCAGAAGUUUCUUUUUAUUUCUGUUUCUGCGUUACUCCUGAAGUCGCUUGUAUGAAAGUCAAUUCACUACUACAUUGGAAUACAUGCAUAGCUUCGCUUUGUCAAUUUUGUCGCGUGUGUCCCAUGAUUCGAUUGACCUUGCUUUUCUCUAUGUCGUCACCCUAUCACCAACUACCAACGGGGUCACAAAUGGUCAUGCGUCAUCACAAUUGCUGUCGAUUGUGUCUCUUUGGGCCAUCGAGAAAAUGGCGGGGAGAAACCUCGUAAUCCCUACACGUAACAUGUUUAAGCGUCUGCAAGGCCGAGUCAGCCAGCUACGAAUUCACCUACAA